AUACUGACACCCUUCUGAUGAUACUGUGUAGUUGUGGAUCUUGGAACAUCACAGUUUUUAAAGAAUAAAAGUUGAAAAUCACUUACAGGUCAGUGAAGAGGCACAUGAAGAGUAGGUUUGAAAUUGCCACCUGUUAUCAAGCAAGGCUGUCAGUCAUGAUCAGAAAAGUGAGCUGGUAGAUGUUUCAGGCAGGAGGCAUAACUGAUGGAAAGCCCAUAUUUUAUGGGAUGGGCUGGUUGAGAAUCAUCUAGAAGAGAUAACAACCAUCGGUUGUUAUCUGCAGCCUUGGAGGAAGUGCCCAUGUUGGUAAGAUCAAAUCUACUUGAAGACUCUGCUCUGAUCACCCAGUGACUGAAGCUUGAGGAGCAGAGGGAUGUGCUUUGAGCCCUAAGGUCCCUUUCCACUCUAAUGGGUUAUGAGCCUAUACAUGUCCAGCAGGCAACUGUAGGUGGGCUUUACUUGGCUUCCUAACCUGUAAGAGACGGCCUAGUCCCUUUCGCUUACCAAGCACUGAAGGAAGGGACUGGCCAAAAGAGCCCAUGAUGCUUCUCUCCAUGCCUUGGGCUUGCAUCCACAUGCAACGGUCUGGUUUACAGAAAGGGGUUAUUUCUAUAAAUACACAGACCCCAGAUUUUCUGCAUGACCCUCAAGCUCUCUAUUCUCCAAAGGCCCAACUCCCUUCAUGAUCCUUCUUCCUUGACCCCUCCAGCCUUCUCUUAACUUCUGAGCUAUAGUAAUAUAACAACAACACGACAAUACAAUAUUGGUAAUGCAAUAGGAUAACACAAUACAGUGUUUCAAACCGCUUUCCUCACAAAAUCUCACCUCUCAAGAAAGACAUUGAAAUUUCCUUUACGUUUUCCUUCUCCCCCCCAGAGAGGAGAAAUAACUCACCUAGAGUCACCCAGUCGGAGCGGCAGGACUGGAGCCUUUUAGCGGUGGACGCUGUGCUGAGGGCCCACCCGGAGGAAGGCAGCCCCGUUGGGUCAAUCUCCCCCUCCUCAUGAUCGGCUCGGCCUGGCGGAGGCUGGGCAGGCAGUCUUCCCAAGGCUCUGCUCACAGACAGUUAAGUGAGCCAGGCAGCAGAACAGAGCCCUCCCUCCAGCUGUUCUCUCUCAGCCUCCCCCAACCCCAGGCUCUCACAUCUGCUGGAGCCACGUGACGCAGCGGCUGGCCCCUUUGCUUCCUCUCCCCUCCCCUGCCCUGGCCCUGCCAACGUUGCACUCGCAGACUCCACUUUGGCGCUGGGGUUGCCCGGGCUCCGUGUGCCCGUUCCCGGAGACCCAGAUGCCGGAAGCAAGAGGGGCCGCGGGUGUCCCGGGGGCGGCCAAGCAUAGCCCAGUGGUCCGGGGCCUGGCCCCAGAACCCGACGUGAGUGCGCCGGCGGUCACCAGAGGCACGGGGUCUUGACGAAGGCUCUGGGGGGCCAAGACCAUGAGGCUGAGGAGGAAGGCGGACGCUGCACUCACCCUGCUCCUGGCCACCGCGCUCUGUCUGCUCCUCUACUCGCAGCGGGAGCAGGGGGCCCCCGCGGCCAGCCUGGCCAGCGGCCAGCCCAGGAUGGCCACUGGGCCAGCCCCUCCGCCCUUACCCACGCGCCCUGGCUGGGGACCACAGGUGGUGCGCGCCUUCCCCGCUGCCGGGGCUGAGCAUCCAGCCUACGAGGCGGACACGCCGCCGCCCCCGACGCCCUCGGGGCCCUUCGACUUUCGGCGUUACCUGCAGGACAAGGACAAGAGGCGCUUCCCGCUCCUCAUCAAUCAGCCGCAGAAGUGUAGGGGGCUUCCGGGCGGCCCGGGGCCAGACUUGCUCAUCGCUGUGAAGUCUGUGGCCGCGGACUUCGAGCGGAGGGAGGUCGUGCGGAAGACCUGGGGGGCCGAGGGGGAGGUGCGCGGGGCGCGGGUGCGCCGGGUCUUCCUGCUGGGGAUCCCCCGGGGCCGGGCCAGGGCGCAGGCCCAGGAGGGCCUGCUGCGGGCCGAGGGUCUAGCCUACGGGGACAUCCUGCUCUGGGCCUUUGACGACACCUUCUUCAACCUGACCCUGAAGGAAAUCCACUUCCUGGACUGGGCGUCCGCCUUUUGCCCGGACGCGCGCUUCGUGUUCAAGGGCGACGACGACGUGUUCGUGCACAUGGAGAACCUGCUCGAGUUCGUAGCAACACGGGACCCGUCCCAGGACCUUCUGGCCGGGGACGUGAUCCUGCAGGCGCGGCCCAUCCGCGCUCGGGAAAGCAAAUACUACAUCCCCGAGGGCGUGUACGGGCUGGGAGCCUACCCGGCGUACGCGGGAGGCGGGGGCUUCGUGCUGUCGGGGGCCACGCUCCGGAGGUUGGCGGCAGCCUGCGCUCAGGUGGAGCUCUUCCCCAUCGAUGACGUCUUCCUGGGCAUGUGCUUGCAGCGCCUCCGCCUGGCGCCCGAGCCGCACCAGGCGUUCCGCACAUUUGGCAUCGAGCGGCCCUCGGCCGCCCCGCACCUGCGCACCUUCGACCCCUGUUUCUACCGCGAGCUGGUGCUGGUGCACGGGCUGUCGGCAGCCGACAUCUGGCUCAUGUGGCAGAUGCUGCACGCGGUGCCAGGGCCCGACUGCGCUCGAAGGCGCACGGCCCCGAAGCCCUUCCGCUGGGGCUCUUAGCGGCUGAGCCAGGGGUGGGAGCGGAGGAGGGGCACAGUGUAAAGAGCCGGGGGUCCUCCCAGCCCUGCUGCACACGAACUGUAAAAUGAAGGCCUUUGCUUGCUGGCAACAAGCUCACUUUUAAUUAAUCUGGUCCCUGGAUGUCAGCAGGGCCGAAGGAAAACACGUUGACACCAAUUCUCACCUUGUUAAUCUUUUUAAGCUCUGUCCGAGGUAUCUGAGAUAGACAAAAGCCGGCUGGUCUCUUCGAGGAUCUUACCCGAAUAAUGAACUACAAAGGGGACCUUCCCCAUUAUGUGGAAUACCAUUCGAACCCACAAGAAUCUCCAACAUGGAGAGUUCAUGCUCGAAUGGCUUGAGCUGAGCUUUCUGCUAAGGACCUCUGGGUAGGCCCAUUAAUGUCCCCACUGGUCCACCCUGGACUGUACAGUAGCUUCACACAAACCUGUUUCUCAAGAGCUGGACUGCAAAGUUGGGUCUAGAUCCUAUUGGCCCAGGUCAGGCCAUCGGCCAGUCACAAAAGAGAAGGGCACCCAGGGCAGCUUUUGGCAUAGAGCCAGGAAUCUCAGCUGCAUUUUCUGAGUUUUGAGGGGAUCCUCUCCAGUCCUCUGCUUACCUUAAUGAGAGAAGCUAGUCUGCCUUUCUAUACCCCAUACCUUAACUCUCUUCAUCUUUUUUGGAAGCUGCCCCCUGACAAAUGUCCAAUUCUUGCUCUAGAUUAUUUUUGUGUGUGAGACAAUUGGGGUUAAGUGACAUGCCCAGGGCCAUACUAGGGUUGUAUCCUUGGAUGGAUUUGAACUCAGGUCUUCAUGACUCCAGGGUGUGCUCUGUCACUGCACCGUUUAUUGGCCUCCUGCCCACCUCUAGGGCAACAGCAAUGGCAGGAUCCAGCUUGGAGGCAGCGUGCUCCCUAGGCUUACUUCUGUAUGGAAAAAGAUGCUUCUGCACAUUUGGACCUGUGUAUGUGAAUGCAGAGCUCCUUAACGCUCUCGGCUUCUAAUCCCAACACUUAUUAUCAAGGUUUAAGAUGCUGCUUUUCUCCCAGGAUAUCUGCUGUCAUUCUUUCAAACUUCACGUAAACCUCAAAUACGUAGUGCCUUGGACAGAGAAUUUGGUCAGAUGGGAGGGAUUUACAGGUCAGUCCUUUCAGGGUUGGUGCCAUCUCCUCUACAAUUACUUUCCAAGUGACUGUGGAUAGGCCUUUAUUAUGUGCAUCUCUUCUAUCUGGAACUCUCAAGAAUGCAGGGCCUUUUUUGCUUUUUCUUUGUAUCCAGGACACUUAACCCAGUGUUAAGUUUUUAUAAUAUGACACAUAAUGCUUAAUGAAAGUUUCUUGAUCGACAAUCCCCCCAAAUCCUUGUAUGGAUUUUGAAAUACUUUAAUCUACCUGUCCCUCCCCCUUACUAUAUUGAUCUUAUUCAGGCUAACAUAAGCAUACUUCCAAGUAGAUUUGCUAGAGGAAAACACCAUAUUUUGGACAUCUUUCUUAAAUUCCAAUACCUGCAAGAAUCAGGACCAGGUAAUGUGGAAUAUAAAAACAUCAAGGAUACUACAAAGUUGAGGAAAGAGUGGUCCACAGAGGUUAACUACCCCAACUCGAGCAGCACAGCCAAUAAAACCCAGGUCUUUGGACUUCAAGCAUUCUUCCUACCUUAUCACAGUGGUUUGGUUCUGGAAGUGAAGUCAGGAGUCAUUUCCCUUAUCUGAGAAAUGGGCCAGUCGAAGUUCUCAAAAAUCUCUUCUAGCUCCUAUGGUCAGUACCAAAAUUUACUGAUUUAAGGGGCUCCUUCCCUCCCACAACCUUUCAUUUUGGGGAUAGGGUUUGCAUUCUCUCUAUCAGAGUCCCCAGUCUCCCCAUCCUUGUCUACUCCUCCCAGGGCCUUGUACAAAGUAGUUAUUUAAUCAAUUUAUUGAACUGAAAAUUGUCCCAGAACCUUAGUAAUCUGUAGACUCCUGGAGAAAUGGCCAGAACUCUUAUUUAUUGGCAGAUCUAGUACUUUUCUUGGAGGAACUAGACUUAAGAGUGUGGAUACUUGGAAGAGGACAAAGAGGUGGGUACAGGAUCAAUUUUGGGUGAGUUCUACUCACUUUGAUAAGCUACUGAUGAUCUGGGCUCCAGGAUGAGAGCUUGGCAACAAUAACUGACUGGGGUAAGAUCUAGUUUGGAAGGAAGAAGCUCCUUUAUAGGAGCCAAGAAGCUGGGAGGUGGGUGGGCUGAUUUGAAGGAUUUGAAGUCUGACAAUGUAUGGUAUGAGAAGCUGAGAAUAGACUAGUUCCCCCACAGCAAGCAGCCAGGUUUGCUGGAAGCUUGAGGAACAUAACUAUUUCCCACUUGGUGAUAAAAUAAUGACGGUGGAGCGCAGGAACAUUUCGAGGAACAUAACUAUUUCCCACUUGGUGAUAAAAUGAUGACGGUGGAGCGCAGGAACAUUUCACAGCUAAGAGACAAGGAAAGACCCUUGAAAAAGCAGCGUCACAUUUCUGGGCCCUUCCACAUUGACAGGGAGGGAAUACUCAUCUUGGGUAUUCCCUGACCUUUAUGCACCCAAAGACAUUGGUUCAAAUGCUAUGACCACAGGGAGGGGUAGCCAGACUCCCAAAUGAGCUAAGUUUCUGGCAGGUACAAGAAUCUGACUCCCAUGUCGAGGGCUCCCAGGGGACCUCUGUGGUUCCAUUCCCAGAAAGCACCAAAAGGACAUGACCAAGAAGCAAUGAUACCCAGUCACUGUGCUGUGCACCAGCCAGUGCCCAAGGGAGAGCCCCGCUUUAUUAGCCUUUCAGAACACAUGUACCUCUGGGGAAUGUACAAGGGCUACAGAACCAAGGCGAUGGAAGGCAAGGAGGGAGAGCAGGCAGGCAGGGAAGCAGGCAAGAGGUCACCUACAAGAGAGGUAGCUCCUAAUAGUCCUUUAUUUCCUUGGCCCUUGGCAGGUAGAUUCCCAAUUGUAGUUUCAGUCAGACAGUCUAGAAUGUCACAGCCCAUAGGAAGAUGACAAAGUAACAGGAAUCCAAUAAGCACACACUCACGCACACACACACACGCACGCACAUGCACACUUUUCCCCUGCUCCUGGAUCCAAAAACAUUAGGUUCCAGUCUACUUUCUCAUUCAUCAGUAAACUAUUUAGGAUUAUACUGUACAUGAGUUAAAGUUACAAAAAUGUCUUAUUUACAAAAAUCUGUACACACAUUUGAAAAACCUCACAAAAUUGUUGUCUAUGUAUCACAAGUUGCUACAUCAAAAUAUUAAAAAUGGGAUAAAAUUAUA